AGUUUCAAAGAACUAUGAAGUUGUUGCAGGUAUUCCACCCUUUGUGCCUGCCCGGACUGUGCUGGAAUGCCUCGAGUCAGAGGAUGCGUGUGAAGACAAGAAAGCUGUAAAAAAGGAGAUCCAUAGCAAAAAGGUCAAAUAAGUACAAACAAGUAUUUUACCUCGAUUAUUAACAGUUUAUUUUGCCCAAAAAUGUUAAGGGAGCCAAAAAGGACAAAAUGGAAGAGGAGAAUACAGACCUGCUCAGACUUUGCCACACAGUACUGCUGGAGGUGGUGAACUUAGGUGGGAAAGGUUACGAUCCAGAGAAGAAAGACUACCCAGGUUUCUGAGGCCUGGUUGCAGUGUUACUAUCUGGAUGGAAUGAAGUCUGUACGCGACCACAAUGGCAGGACUAUGUGGUUCAAAGGCGAUCCAGGUCCUAUGGCUCCUAAAGAAUCAAAGUCUCCAAAGGCCAAAAAGAGAAAAGAUACAGAUGCAGACCAUGAUUACCCCCGCAAGAAAAAGGUGUCCAGGAAACACAACUCUGACAGCACAGUGAAGAAAAAAGCAGCCAAAAAGCCAACAAAAGCAGCAAAGGAAGAAGAAAAUGGACCUCAAGAAGAAGCCACAGCCAGAAGAACAUCAGCAAACACACCUCAGCAAGAACCGAAAUCCACGUCAGGCAGGAGGAAAAAGAACAAUACAGAGCCGGCUGCAGGCUUCAAGACACGUAGCGGGAGACUGACAAGACAGAAUGUCAAGUAAAGGACAUCUAUUGGAAAAUACUGUUUUUAUUCCAUGAUACAUAUUUUUAAUUAACAUUUUACAAGUUUAUUCUUGGCAUACUUUUCAAUCACAAUAGAGUAAAUUAUUUGAUUUAAUGUGAAGUUAAUUAUAUUUAUAUAGAGCUUUUCUCUUGUGACUCGAAGCGCUUUACAUUGUGUAGCCCGAUAUCUAAGUUACAUUUUGAAACCAGUGUGGGUGGCACUGGGUGCAGGUGGGUAAAGUGUCUUGCCCGAGGACACAACAGCAGUGACUAGGUUGGCAGAAGCGGGGAUCGAACCCGGAACCCUCAGGUUGCUGGCACAGCCACUCUACCAACCGAGCUAUAGCGCCCCAGCAAAGUGUCUCUGACGUCUCUUUUGACCCAACUACACAGCCGCGUCAUCCUUCAGCCCAGGAGGAGACGGCAAGACCAGAAACACACUUCACUGACAUUUAGAAGAUGAUGGUAAAUGUGUAGCACCAUAUUGCACACCUGGGCUGCGUCUGAUGAAUAAAGUAUGGCCUAGGAUCAUUUUGUACACACAUGGCAAAAAAUAUAAGCUUGACAAUGCGUCUAAUCAAGCCGUCAACAGAAAUGAUGGCUACCGAGCUCUACUCUUUCCUCUCUCCCUCUUGAGUACAGGUAAAAAAAGCUUCUUUAUGGUGACGGCCACCUAUGUCACGUGACACAUGCUUCUGUUCCUUGUGUACACAUCCACAAACACCACGUGACAUACACACAUGAUCUGGCUCUUACAAUGACUAACAUGGCUCAUUUGCAUAAUACACUAACAACUACUUGGGUCUCUGAGGCAGACGAUGAGAGUCCUGUAAAAUGUAUACAUA